CGGCAGUGCGCGAGUAGCCGCCCCUCCGCCCGUGUCCUCCCGGUUCCUUCCGUUCGCCCUGCCGCGUCCGCCCGCGCACCGGCCUCACCAUGUUCUACGCCAGCGGCUAUCACUACAACCCCUCGACGGGGAAGUUCCCGUCGGUGGUGCGGCAGACCAUGGCCGUGCGCCGCGCCGUGGAGCGGCUCAAGCGCGGCGGCGAGAUGCACCACCUGCGCGAGCUGCGGCGGCACGUGGAGGAGGACGACGAGGGUCUCUCCGACGCCGCCCCCGGCACCUCUUCCGGCGUCGCUCCCACCCCGCCGUCCCCCUGCUUGUGCCCCGUGGAGGGCGAUGAGGAGGACGCAAGAGCCUCGCCGGAGGGACACCGGAUCUACAGGCCGUCCACGUCCAGGCCGCCGGUGGUGUCCUCGACCGUGUCCUCGGCCGUGUCCUCCACCACCUCCGUGGCGGGCUCAGAGUGCGGCAGCACCACGCUGCUGCUGCCGAGCCGGCCGCAGCCCCGCCAGCAGCCGCGCGCGCACCCGCCCGCCGCCAGGACGGCCUCGGGGCCGCCGGGCGUCGCGACGGCCGCGGCCGCGCAACCCCGCCAGCACCGAGCCGCGUGCAGGCACCACCCCGACAAGCAGUACCUGCGGGACCUGCGCGACGGCGAUCUACGGGAGAGAAACCUGCUGCUGGCGCAGGCCCUCACCCCUACGCUCGGCCUCGCCCACAAGAAGGAGUACCAGGAGGUCCCCGACGACGACCACUCCGACGACUCAGCCGCCGAGGAGUCCGGUGUCCGGCAGCGUCCGGACCUGUGUCCGCAGGUGAUGGCGGCACUGUCCGUCUCGCUCGGGUCCAUGGUGGUGGGCUUCGCCUCGGGGUACACCUCCCCGGCGCUGGAGGGAAUGCGGGAGGAUCUGGCGUUUUCCAAAGAAUUGAGCUCCUGGGUCGGGAGCAUCAUGCCGCUGGGAGCGCUGGCCGGCGGCAUCCUGGGCGGGCCGCUCAUCGAGGGCCUCGGCCGCAGGACCACCAUCCUGGCCACCGCCGUGCCCUUCAUCAUCUCCUGGUUCCUCAUCGCCCUCGCCAUGAACAUUACAAUGGUGCUGGCCGGGCGCGCCAUCGCGGGCGUCUGCGUGGGCAUUGCUUCCCUGUCGCUGCCCGUGUACCUCGGGGAGACCGUCCAGCCGGAGGUGCGCGGCACCUUGGGGCUCAUGCCGACCACGCUGGGUAACAUAGGCAUCCUGCUGUGCUUCCUCUGCGGAAAAUAUCUGGACUGGAGCAACCUGGCCAUGCUGGGCGGCGUCAUCCCGGUGCCCUUCCUCAUCUGUAUGUUCCUCAUCCCGGAAACUCCCCGCUGGUACAUGUCUAAAGGCAAGGCCAAGCAGGCGCGCGCGGCGCUGCAGUGGCUGCGCGGAUCCAAGGCCGACGUGUCCUUCGAGAUGUCCGAGAUUGAGCGGAUCGCCGCGGAAGCCGAGAAGAACGCGAGCGAGUCCUCGCGAUUCGGAGAGCUGUUCAGCCGCGCCAACGCGCGCCCCCUCCUUAUCACAAUCGGGCUGAUGCUGUUCCAGCAAAUGUCUGGUAUCAACGCCGUCAUCUUCUACGCCGCCAGCAUCUUCAAGAGCGCGGGCAGCACAAUCGAGGAAAACCUCUGCACCAUCAUCAUAGGCGUUGUCAACUUCUUUUCUACGUUCGUGGCCACCGUACUCAUUGACCGGCUGGGCCGCAAAGUGUUGCUGUACGCCUCGAGCGUGACCAUGACGCUGACUCUGGGCACGCUCGGCGCCUUCUUCUACGCUCGCGAUGCGGGCACUGAAUGGCCCGGUUGGAUCCCUCUCGCCUGCCUCAUGCUAUACGUCGUAGGUUUCUCCGUGGGCUUCGGCCCCGUGCCGUGGCUCAUGAUGGGCGAGAUUUUACCAGCGAACAUUCGUGGCUCGGCUGCAUCACUCGCCACGGCCUUCAACUGGUCCUGCGUGUUCCUCGUCACGCUCACGUUCGAGAACAUCAUGACGAGCAUCGGCAAGCACAACGGUUACUGGAUGUUCGCCGGAGUGUGCUUCGUUGGUCUGUUCUUUGUUAUCUUCUUUGUACCGGAGACGCAGGGCAAGAGCCUUGAGGACAUCGAGAAGAAGCUGACCGGUCAGCGCAUCCGCCGCAUGUCCAGCGUGGCCAACCUGCGGCCCAUGCCCAUGGCGGUGUGAGGCCCGGCAAGGCCCCGCCGCCGGCGCCAGGCCCAGCCAGAGCCAGGGCCCCGCCAGGGCCGCACGCUAGUCACGCACCAAAGCUCUCUGAUAUUAGAUAUAAGGAGAGAAAACUGGCAAUUUAUGUUUAACUCAUUCUAUCUUUCUGCACGCCUGUUGUAGCUGCUAAAACCUUUCAUUGGCAUGUAAGUCAGCAAUAAUAGGAUUUUAGGGGGAAAAAAAUGACUGCUGCAUGUGUAGUGCAGGAGAAUACCUGAAGUUAUUUGUUAAAUUGUGAGCUUUUCUCAGUGUCCUCGAGAGGGACAGAGUACUGUCACCAAAAGAAAGCCAAACAUUUGCAGCUCAAUCAGCUGCACUCAAUUAGUUUGAAUAGUUAGUUUUAUGUGAGUCUCGCAUUCCUCACAUAAUGUACCAGUAGGAUAUUAAGUAGAGAAUCGUGAUCUGA